AUGAACCAGAGCGGAGGCGCAUCCGAUGGCGCCCGCAGAGCGGAUACCGUCGAGCCCAACAACUCGCGACCUGAUCUUCCGGAGCACGCUGAGUCUUCUUAUCCACCGCACCUCCGGCCUUCCGUCAUUGAAGUGCCUGUGACACCAGAUAUCACCGAGAGUAGCGACAAGUCCAAUGGCAAUGGCGCUGGCGGGGCAGGGCACGAAUCCGAACCCGGCUACUUCUCGAGACACGAUGUCGACCACGCGAUUGCCGCGUCGCCCGCCCCAGACUCCACAAACCGGGAGGGCCAGUCCUUCCAGAACAAGAUCAACACCGGCGCGAAGGAGGGAACAGACUUCAUGCGGCGCCUGAGCAUCGCUGUCAUGGGUAGUCCCACCGAGAUUGCUCCCAGCAUCGCCCCCGGCACCGAGUUCAGCGCCCCAUCUCGGGAGUCAAUGUCCGAUAUUCGAGCUCUUAGCCCGGACUUGGCGCUCACUGGGAACAUUAUCUCUGCGACUUUCAACAUUCCACAUUCUCUCAAGUAUCGCAAAGGCGCUGACUGGGAAUUGACUCCGCGUCGGGGCCAAUCAGCCCUGUUUGAUUCGUUUUCGUAUCUCUCCUCGGACGACGCGCCCUGGAAUCACACAGUGGUCGCCUGGACCGGCGAGAUCGACCAACCCCCCGAGCUGUCCCCGCCGGACACCCCACCCAGCACAACAGUCCACGUUCGUCCUCUCAAUGUUCUCUCGAAGCCGAUACCCGUCGAUGCCGACAAGCGGCCGCCGACGCCGCCUGCGGCGGACGGUCUGUGGAUCCCGAAAGAAGACAUGCAGCGCCUAGAGACGCAGCUCUCGCACAACCAGAAUAUCAGGACGGUCCCAGUCUGGCUGGCCGACGAUGCGGAGGGGCACGACGAUGGUAUCCUCCUAAAGGACCAGGCGAGAUGGAGGCGGUAUGCCGAGCACGAGCUCUACACUCUCUUCCACUACAAGCAGCACGAGCCGACCGAUGGGCGCGGCGAGCGGAUGCAGUGGGCCGACUACUUCCGCAUGAACCAGAAGUUCGCCAGCAAGAUUCUCGAGGUGUACAAGCCGGGCGACGUCGUCAUCGUCCACGACUUCAACCUGAUGCUCCUCCCGAGCAUGCUACGGCAGCGCGCUCCCCACAUGUACAUCUCCUUCUUCCUGCACUGCCCCUUCCCAAGCAGCGAGUUCCUCCGUUGCCUCUCGCGUCGCAAGGAGGUGCUCGAGGGUGUCCUUGGCGCGAACCUGGUUGGCUUCCAGAGCUACAGCUACUCCCGGCACUUUGCCAGCUGCUGCACCCGCAUCCUGGGCUUUCCGUCGGACAGCUCCGGCGUGGACGCAUACGGCUCGCGCGUCGAAGUCGGCGUCUUCCCGAUCGGCAUCGACGCCACCAAGGUCGCCCGGCUCGCGUGGACGGACUCGGUCACCCGAAAGUACAUGGCCCUCAAGAGCAUGUACGCAGGCAAGAAGCUCAUCGUGGGCCGCGAUCGUCUGGAUAGCGUUCGCGGAGUCGCCCAGAAGCUCAUGGCGUUCGAGCGCUUCCUCGAGAUGUUUCCUGAGUGGCGCGACAAGGUGGUGCUUAUCCAAGUCACUUCUCCCACUAACAUUGAGGAGGAGAAAGAGGACAGCGAAAAUAAGAUUUCGAGUCGCGUCAACGAGCUGGUCAUGAAGAUCAAUGGCGCCUACGGUUCGAUUAGCUUCUCGCCUGUCUUGCACUACCCCCAGUAUAUCAGCCAAGAUGAAUACUUUGCCCUGCUGCGCGCAGCAGACAUCGGCCUCAUCACCUCCGUCCGAGAUGGGAUGAAUACAACCUCACUCGAAUACGUCAUUUGCCAGCGCCAGUCAGCUGGACCGCUCAUUCUUUCCGAGUUCAGCGGCACUGCCGGUUCUCUCAAAGAUGCCAUCCACAUCAACCCGUGGAAUCUGACUGCCGUCGCCGAACAGAUCAACCACGCGCUCACCAUGCCCGAGGGCAGACGCCAGUCGAUGGAGCAGAGCCUCUUGUCUCAUGUCACCAGCAAAAACGUGCAAUUCUGGAUCGCCGGCUUCCUGCGCCGCUUGGUUACUGUCCUCGGCAGCCGGAAGAACGUGACGGCCACGCCCCUGCUCGAUCGGUCGGCCAUGCUCCGCAAAUACCGCGCUUCCAAGAAGCGUUUGUUCAUGUUCGACUACGAUGGUACCCUGACCCCCAUCGUCCGAGAGCCCAGCGCCGCCAUCCCUUCGGAGCGCGUCAUCAACAGCCUGAAGGCCCUUGCGUCGGACCAUCGGAACGCCGUCUGGAUCAUCUCUGGUCGGGACCAGGACUUCUUGACCCAGCAUCUCGGCCACAUCACCGAGCUUGGCUUCAGCGCCGAGCAUGGCAGCUUCAUGAAACACCCGGGUGCGACCGAGUGGGAGAAUCUCGCCGAGAAGUUCGACAUGGGUUGGCAGAAGGAGGUGCUUGAUGUGUUCCAGAAGUAUACCGACAGGGUGCCGGGCUCCUUUAUCGAGCAGAAGCGGUGUGCUCUCACCUGGCACUACCGCCUGGCCGACCCGGAGCAGGGUAUCCACAUGUCGCGCGAGUGCCAGCAUGAGCUCGAGAAUACCGUCGGGCGCAAGUGGGACGUCGAGGUCAUGGCAGGCAAAGCCAACCUUGAGGUCCGCCCCACCUUCAUCAAUAAGGGCGAGAUCGUCAAAAGGCUCGUCAAUACGUACAACGCCGAGCUGCGUGCUGCCGCCCUAGCCGGCAAUAGCCCUUCGGCCGGCAAUAGCCCCAGCGGCGAGGACGCACUUCCGAAUAAGAUCGACUUCGUCCUUUGCCUGGGAGACGACUUUACCGACGAGGACAUGUUCCGCUCCCUUAACGGUUUGUUGCAGCCCACCGAUGGCCAGACCGAAGCCGCGAUCGAGGAGGACGACUGCUUCACCGUUACGGUCGGCGCAAGCACCAAGGUCACGCUCGCCCGCUGGCACUUACUCGAGCCCGAGGACGUCAUUGAGUGUGUGGCGCUCCUUGCUGGGGUCGGGGGGAGUGGCACGGGCGCGACCAGCGGUGGCGUGCUGAGCAUGGGCGAGGUCAACCUGGCUGCGCUGAGCGCUGUCGAGGACCACAUCCCCAAUCCGCUGUGA